AUGCAUAAGCUCUGCCUUCUACUCGCAGUCCCCGGCACCUUUUUCGGUGAAAGUGCCGAAUCGAUCGCCAGCGGCAACCCGGUAACUGCUUCACGCAGUGACGACACGACAUCCAACUCGCCGAUUCGUUUGCAGUCCCAGGGCUCGCCUGUGGGCAUGACCGCGUCGACUACUCAUCGCAGUGUGGGGUCGAAAGACUGGAUAGCUCCUUCAUCAAACCACAAAGGAGAGCGCACAGAGGAGCGAGCGAUGGGAAUGGAUGCGCUGGUUAAGCUUUAUAAUUACGUCAACGACCUGAAGCUCAAUCAGGACACGUACCUCUAUCGGAAGCUGGAAGAAUGGUUCAAGCGUCCAGUCCACCCUACUGAUGUGGCAGAAAACCUGAGCCUUGCUAGACCGGAGGUCAGUCCUAAGGUGCUCGACGCCUGGUUGAGACGUUCGGACGCUGAAGUGUUCAAGCAGCUUAUCUCGAUCUACAACAUCGACAGCGACGACUCCAAGCAUAACGUAAUCUCGAUGUUCAACAAACUAGCUGAAAGCGUCUCAUCCGCGCCGGGCGUUGCGGCUUUAAAUUGGAUGGCGAACGAGUUGAAGGCGUUAAAGUUGCCUCCCGUGGAAGUAGCCGACAUGCUGGGUUUGCAAGGUGUUGUGCUCUGUGUGUUGCACCAUUCUGCAGCUGCGUGGAUUCGCUUCGUUGAUCUCUUGCAUGAAGAGAAUUCGGACCUUGCCAUUCCCGUGAAAGAGGCGUGGUCAAUGUUGAUCGGCGAUAUGGACAUGGAGCAGAAGCAUCGAUUUCUUCUCCUGGUCUGGCCUGACCUUCCGGCCAGUCUAAACGCUAGAGUGCGACAAGCAGGAUCGAUGUGGGACUGGUGA